AUGCUGCCGCCUGUGUCCAUGGACCUCACACUCGAGCAGAUCCAGGAGAUGCUGCGCGACUACGUGCCCAGCGACGUCUACACGGUGGACGAGACCGGUCUCUUCUUCCGCGCACCGCCCAACAAGCUCGUGCAGGGCGAUGAGGCGCAGACCAUGCUGGCGGACGAGGCCAGACUCACGGUGCUGCUGGCCGUCAACGCGGACGCCUCGGACCUCAUGGAGCCAUACAUUAUCGGCAACGUGGUGCCGCCCAAGAACAUCAAGAUGGCCUCCAUCUCGCAGCUCGGCUACCACUACGUGUGCAGCAGCAAGGCGCGCAUGACGGUCUUCAUCUUCCAGCAGUGGCUGCGCGAUUUCAACGCGCGCAUGGCCAGCGCGCACCGCAACGUGGUGCUGCUCAUGGACAACGCGCCGUCCCACGUGCUGGGCUGCGUGGCGCUCUCCAACGUGCGCGUGGUCAUGUUCGCGCCGCACCUGGGCAUGAAGGUGCAGCCCAUGCGUGGUGGCAUCCUGACGGCGUUUAAGGGCAAAUACCGCCUCAAGCACCUCACCCUGGCUAUUGACCACCUCGAGGACGGACUCUCGAACGUUUACCACGUCACGCAGAUCCAAGCUAUGAACUGGAUUGUGGACGCGUGGCAG